AUGACCACUCUCACUGCUAAGGACAAGGAGGCCGUCAGAGCCUUCUGGGCUAAAGUGUCUGGAAAGGCAGGGGACAUCGGCACUGAAGCUGUGGGCAGGAUGCUGACGGUGUACCCGCAGACCAAGACUUACUUCUCCCACUGGAAGGACACGAGCCCCACCUCUCCCUCUGCCAUAAAGCACGGAAUCACUGUGAUGGCUGGAGUUGGAAGUGCUGUGGAGAAUAUCGACGACCUGAAAGCAGGUCUUCUGAGCCUCAGUGAGCUGCAUGCCUUCACUCUGCGCGUGGACCCUGCCAACUUCAAGAUUCUCUCUCACAACAUCCUCGUGGUCAUGGCCAUCAUGUUCCCCAACGACUUCACCCCUGAGAUCCACGUGGCUCUGGACAAGUUCCUGGCUGCUCUGUCUCUGGCCCUGGCUGAGAAGUACCGAUAAACAGCAGCAGAAGAUGACGGAGGCUGCAGCAUGAGCUUA